AAAGCAAAAAAAAGAACUGUGCAAAAAUCUCGGCCAAUCUCCAUGUCGCAUUAUUAUUUUCUGUUUUUUAUAGUGAGACAUUUUGAGUCCUCUAAAAACAGAUGAAAACAAUUCGUAUCAAGAUCGACUUCUCGAUCGAGUAACUUCUCGACGCUCGCCAGUGGAUCAUCGUCCUGUCAGGCGUCGCAGCACUCAGGACACUUGCUUGACUACACAGCGGAGGAUUGUGAGGGGAAUGUGACUGUGGCAACAGUGAAUGAUAACGGGCGAGACGGUAGUGUGGAAGUGGACAAUUCGUGCAAAAGUUCUGUUGACUUGAGUGAAACAAGUGCCGUGCCGAUGAAUAGAAAGCAGAAAGAAGUGAAGAAGACUGUUUCUUCAAGUAAAAUGUCACCGGCAACGAGUAAGCUCCCCGGACGACAGACAAACAAUUCACUGUCGUCCGUCACGGGGAAUAUAAUAAUUCCAGAAAUUGGCUCUGGAAGUGCAAAGAGUGCUGGAAGUUCAGUGGAGAAAAUUCCAGUGGAGAAGGCGAGGAAGAAGAAGGCAAAAUCAUCUCAAAUAUUUACAACAUCAAUCAUUCCAACUCUCAGUUUUACGGAGACAGAAGAGGUCCUCCAAAUUGGUAUGCACAAAGUGCUGGAGUAUGUGAAGAAUCACAAGGAUGCUUGGCCCUUUAUGGAUCCCGUUGAGGAGGACAUCGCUCCGCGAUAUUACUCAAUCAUUAGAAGGCCGAUGGAUCUGCUGAAGAUGGAAGAGAAAUUGGAUAAUGGUGAAUAUGCGACAUUCACGGAAUUUCGCAAUGAUUUCAAACUCAUCGUGAACAAUUGUCGUCUGUACAAUGGACAAAAUAAUGAGUACACGGAGAUGGUGAACAAUCUGCAGGAGGCAUUUGAGAAGGCCACAAAGAAGUACUUUGAGCAAAACUCAUCGGACGAGGAGGAUGCCAAUCUCGAGUAUCCGGAUUUGAAGACCAAUGUGUUCAGGGAGAAGUACACUGCGAAGCCAUUGGCUGUUAAGGCGGGCAAGAAGGAGGUGUUGAAGAAAAGUACAACGAAGCGAUCGAAGCACAGCAUGGAUGAUCCAUCGGAGGAGAGUGACGUGAGUGAGGAGGUGGUGAAGGAGAAAAAGGGCAAGACGAUGGACAAGGAGACUGUGGAGAAGCAGAAGGCGAAGCACAAGAGUCAGGAGGUGAGUAAGGAGCCCAUCGAGAGUCCGCGCGGAACAAAGAGGAAGAGAAAGGAGAAGGAUAAAGAUCGGAAGAGAAGAAAGAAAAAUGACGGCAAGACUGAUCGUCGCAACGAGAGUGAUGAAGAUGAGGACAGUGUUGAGGAGCCAGAGAAGAAAGUCAGUCAGACUAAGGCAAGCAAGGAGAGCGCGAAGAAGGACAAACACACAAAGUCUGUCAGUGAGAAGAGCCCGAAUCCAGUGAAGAAGGAGAAGAUCAAGAGUGCAAAGGAGAAGGUGCACGAGAGUGUGUCCAAGGGAAAGGAGUCACCGAAGAAGGCGGAAAGCGCCAAGAGUGUGGCAAAGAAUGCUCAGAAGAAGGGUAAAAGUGCCGCAAAGGAUGUGACGACAAGUGCUAAAAAUGACAAAGUGUCGAAGAAGAAGGCAAAUGACGCUGAUGAAACGGUUUCAAAGGAUCUCAGCUCUGAUGGCAGUGUCCUGAACUAUCCCGCGAAGAAGAAGGCUUCGGAGAAGAAGGCCGACGCGAAGAAGACAAAGGAGAAGGGUGUGCGGAGUAAGGGCAAAGAGAAACCCAAAGAAGAGGAGUCGCGAAAGAAUAAGCACAAGACGAAGCCAUCGUUGGACUCCAGUGCGAAGGUGGAGAAGAAGAAAAGUGCAAAUCUUUCGCCAAUUUCGUCAGAGCGCUCCUCACACGUCUCCCAAAGUGCCUUCAAGACCAACAGUACCAAGCAGACUGGUGGGAAAGCGUCAGCGGGUCGCUUUCACAAGGACGACGACCUGAUGUCGAUAUCCAGUCGGAGCUUCUCGCGAAGUCCAAGUCCAGUGUCGUCGACAUUCUCCAAUGUCUCCGAUGACUUCCACAAUGAUCACUCGAAGCGAAAGCUGCCGUCGAGACCGCCCACGCCGGAUAUCAAGGACAAGUUUGAUUUGAUAAAGGAGCGCCGGCGGGCGAUGGUGGCCGAGGAGAAGGCGGCCAAGAGUGGUCGCGGCACACCGAGCAAGGGGAAAUCGAUGAAGGGUGGAAAGGCGUCACCUGGGGGCAAGGAGGGCGGUGGGUCGUCGGGAAAGGACUCUAAGGACAAGCACCAGACACUCAAUGAGACAAUCGAGAGGCUGAAGCAGAGCACGGAGAAGACUAAGCAACGAACUGCCGUCAUUGAUGAGAUCUUGGGUGGGAAACCGACUCAAGAGAAGACAAUCUUCGAGCGUCUGCGGGAUCCGAAUGCCGAUCCGAAGGCAUCGCCGCAGAAAUCGACUGGCAAGAAGAAGGAUGAGUAUGAUUUUGUGGAUGACACACCGUCAGUGUCGUCGCAUCGGACGAAGAAGGAGAACCAGGCGAAGGCGGGCAGUGGCAAGAAGAACAGCAAGUCGUCCAAGGUGAUUGCCGAAGGUGGGACGCCGUCGAAGAAGAACAGCAAGAAUAUGGAGGCUCUGGAGCAGGGAGUGUGGGAGCAAACGCUGAAGGACAUCAAUCGAUGGCUGGAGCCACCGUCGGACAGCAAUUCCCCGUCGCGAUACAUCUGGGAUGACUUCGAGGCUGAGGACUUUCGGCGUCCGGUGCCAAUUCAGCAGUCCUCAGCUCGAACGCAAACCCCGAGUGAUGUUCCGCUGAUCAGCGGUGCUGGACAAAAGGACGGCUCGGCCGCGGGAAGUGCUCCUCCGGGUGCUAGGAUGAAUCCACCGAGUGGACAAGGUCCGAAUGCACAGGCUGGACAGAGGAAGGACAUCAGGGACAAGAGGAAGACGCUGAAGGACAAGAUAACGGUGAGGAAGCGCGAAGUGGCUCGACCAAUAGAUCGUCUGCAGCCGGGCAAGACGAAGGGGAAUCUUAUUCAGAACACAAACAAGCCCGACGAGUUGUUUCCGCUGGGAAAUUUGUCGAAGCUGAAGGAAAUCAAAAAUUCUCUGAUGGUGAAGCCGACUGAGACUGGACCGAAACUGAGUCUUGGCACUGUGCUGGACACUGAGGAGUUUGGUCUGGUGCAGCAGCACAAUUUCGUGGAUGAGGCGAAGGAUGUUUCGGCGGAGAAAGUGUCUGAGAAGGAGAAUGCCAAGGAGGAGAAGGAGAAGACGGAACAGUGCAAAGACACUGCUGAGAAGGUGAAGAGUGAGAAGUGUCUAAAGGAGAAUGAGCCUGAUAAUCAAAAGGAUGAAAAGCCGGCGGAAAAGGUGACGGCGACGCCCAAUUUGAGUGCGUGGUUUAAGGCUUUUGGGGCGCCGAAGAAGGCAAAGAAGACGGAAGAGGAGGAAUUGGCGAAGAAAAAGAUGGACACGUCGCCAAGUGAUGUUCAAUCGAAUGACUUGGCAACGUCAAAGUCUCCGGCUUCGCUGAAUGGCGCUGAGAGUGGCACGUCGUACAGUCAGCCGGCGCCGAGGCAGCGGAAGGCGAGCACAGGGAGUACAGUGUCCGAAAGAUCGUCCUACAGUCAGGAUCCGGACAGUCCGAGGAUAGCUAUUGAUGAGCGAAUGUAUCCUGGACCGUAUCCAUCGCCGCUGGGCGCUUCGCCGAUACUGACGUCGCCGAAGCCUGAAGAACUGCCAAAGUCUGCAUCGCCAUACUCUCUGAAUGGUGCCAUAAAGGUGGGAUUCUAUCAGGACACCACGACAAAGAGCAGCCCUGAGAAGAGUUGCAGUCCACGAGAGCAACCAUCGACUUAUCCGCAAUACUCGCAACACGUUUACUCGUCUGCAACGUCACCGGCCAUGACUGGACUCACGAGUCCGUCGUAUGGAAGUUAUGGCAAUUACUCAACCACUGUCUCGGCGGCGGAUGGCAAGAAGAGCACCAGCAGCAAGAGCCCGGCCUCUUACUAUGAUCAGUACAAACAGCAGCGAUCUGAGGACUCGUCCGACUACAACAACUCCAUGAGUCCCAACAACAAUCCCAAUUCUCCAUAUCAGCAUCAACAGCUGUCGCCCUAUCAGCAGCAACACUCUCCGUACCAGCAGCAGCAGCACUCGCCCUUCCAGGCGCAACAGAAGGUGAACAGUGGACCAAUAUCUCCAUAUCAGGCCUCGGCGCCGCAACAGCAGCCGAGCGCCUUGUCGCCGCAAUCCCAGACGCCGCAAUACCACGCGAGACAGCAACAGCAGCCGCAGCAGCCGCAGAAAGGGGCGCCGGUGUCGCCAUUCUCCCACUCCAAUCACAGCUCGCCGUAUUCCCAGCACGAUCCCAACUCGCCCUAUUCGCAGCCCGAGCAGCUGUCGCCCUUCCACCAGAACCCGAACUCGCCCAAGCCGUCGGCUCAGGUGACGCCGGAGCAGAGCUCCACGUCUGGCGACUGGCAGGCUCCGUCUCACAUUCCACCGCAAUUCGAGGCGCACAAUAUGAUGCCUCCGGCGGCUCAUGGGCAGCCGUCGCUGCCGAGUCAGUGCAAUCAGGAGAAGCUGCCCACGGCGGUGCCGUCUCACGGGGCGCAAUUGCAGCACCGCGGCCACUUGGGCGCGAUGACGCAGGCUCCGCCCAUGGCUCAUCACCACCAGGACAUGGGCCAGAACAUGACGCCGGCUCAUCAGAACUAUCCGCCGUACAGCAGUCUGCAGGGGAAGCGAUACGACGAGUCGCAGAACCUCUUCAUGCCGCCCUCGGCCCAGCAAGUUCUCAGGCAGCAGAACAUCUACGAUGCGCCGCCGGAGAGUGUGCAGAAUCCCCUGAAUUACCGCCAGAAUGCUCAGCCCGCCCCGUCGAAGCACAAUGAGCUGCCGGCGCAGCAGAGUGACAUGAUCAAUCUGGGCUACAGUGGCCAGGGCAAGGCGAUGCCUGAGGAUGCGGAGAAGAGCGCGGCCAGCAAGCAGCAGCAGCAGAUGUUCGAUUUGCUGGCGUUCAGCAAGUAUGGCAAGCAACUGGACAUCUCCACGUCGAAGGCCUUCGAGAUGUUCAACAGGGCGGCAUCGAUGGGCUUCCCGAAAUCCCUGCCGCUCGCCACGAGUGGCUCCACAGUGCCGCCCAGUGGCACUGGCAAGAGUCCGCCCGACCUCUUUGAUCUCAACUACGGCAAGGGCAUCACACAGAGUGACUACGCGUCUCAGGGCGGGAACAAUUUGCGAGCGUCGCAGCAGAAGACCAUCACUGAGUUGGGACCCAUGACGGGAUAUCAGCAGCAGCUGAAGCAGCAUCUCGGAGCGGAGGGUAAAUCUGCGAUUCCCGGAGCGCACCAGACGGCGAAUCCUCAGCUGCAGCAGGCAUCGCAGCAACACGCUGUUCCUGGUGCGAAGGGAGUGGAUCUGGCUAUUCCGAAUCCCCGUCAAAGUCAACUUCUGCACGACGCCGCCGCGUCUGCUGCUGGUCAGAAGGACAGCAAUGUGCCUCGCUAUGAAACUCUCCAGCCGCCGGCUUACAAGACUUCCCAUCCCUACAAUGCCAUCGAUCCCAGUCUGAGGAAUCUCACGCCACUGCCCAUCAUGGAUGAGCAUCUGCUCAGCUUGCAGCAGUCCACGGCGGGCGGAUAUUAUGACAAGACAAUCCCAUCGGCGCACAUGUUCGGCAAGAAUAUGCACCAUCAGUCCUCGGCGGCGGCGAGUUUGCAGCAGAUGUUCACGUCUGGCCCAAUUUCCACGAUGUCUCCGUACCACGAGAUGGGUGGGAAGGCGCAGCCAAUGCCGCAGCCGGUGCAGGAGGCGCCUGCGAAGAGCCAGAAGCGUGGGAAGAAGAAGAAGGCAACGGCUGGACAGAAUGCGAGUGAUCUCAUGGCGCAGAACGUGAUGCAGCAGCAGCAGGGCUUCCAGUCGUAUGCUGGGCUCAAGACGGGCACGGCAGCGUCCAGCGGCGCUGCCACGGCGUCCACAGACUCGUCGGCCAUCUCGCUGAAGUCGGCCAGCAUGGUGCCGGGCAGUGCUUUCAACUUUGGCCCCACGCCAACGGGGCUCAGCUUGCCGUACGGACCUGAGAAUCCGCCUGGAUAUCUCGAGGACUUCCGCAACAAUCCCAAUCCGUACUACUUGCCAACGGGGCACAGAAACACGCCCGAUGCGGCGGCCGCUGUGGCGGAGAAGGGCGCUGGGAAUGUGCCGGUGUCGGCGCCGUCGUACCAUCAAUUCCUCUCGCAUCCGACCACGCGGCCGUCGUAUCCGUUCAUGAACUCCCCGCAGCUGGAUGCCACUUCGCCCAUUUACCAGCAAUAUCUCCAUCGGGCGACGGAGGCGCAGAUGAUGCUGAAUCAGGGACUGCUGGCGCCGCCGGGAGCGCCUGGCGCGUACUCCCAGUCGAGCUACCAUCACGCGCUGGGCAUGCACAAGUCGCCGUACGAUGCGAUGAACACCAUGAACCGCGCGCCGUGGUUCUAGGCGAGCGCCGGCGACGAGGACUAGCAACCAAAGACGUUCUUUAACUAUAUUAUAGUUUGAUUCGGAUUUUCACUAUUGUGUACUUUUUGAGACACUCUCUAGGCGGCAGAAGGCGAAGGUUGGUUUUUUUUAGAGUGAAGAAGAAGGGAAAUCCUCAGAUUUUAUUCAAAAAAAAAGUUAUUUUCUUGCUAUUUACUUUGAAAAUCACAGGAGAAGAAAAGUUGUAGUUAAAUUGUGGGGAAAAACGGAUGGAUUUGAGGAUUGAGCGACAAUUGAGGUCACAUUUGAGAAUGUGGAAUAGAGCAAAAAAAAAAGAGUUAGAAGGGAAAGAAAUCACGUGGAGAAAUUGUGUGUUUGGCAGAGAAAGUAAACAAAAAAAAUGUAUUUAAAUUUAGAAAAAAAAAUGUCUUCUAUGUCACAAAACCUAUAUAAUUAUAACGUGAGAAUUGUAGAGGUGAAAAAGUUUAUUUACACAAUUUUUUCAUCAAUUUUAUUGACAAAUGAAGGAGAAAAGUUGUAGAAGUUUUAUUAGUAAUUUAUUGCAUUUUAUUGUCACGACUUUAUGACAAAUUCAAAGGCUUAUCACAGCUGACAAAGAAGAAAAAAAUAUCUCUGUAGUCCACCAAUCAAAAGAAAAGAAGAAAGGCUAAGAAAGAAAAAUUGUAAAUCGUAAUUUUUAUCUUCCUUUGACGAAACACUGCGAGUUCUGAUACUUUACAGAGUAGAACUAUAAAUUGUAACUGAAUUUUUAGGUAAUAUAUUUUAAGACAAAUUUAAUUCAAUCCACAAUAUAUUAGAGAUUUUCGAAAGAAUAUAAAAUAUAUGAUUUAUUGUAGCAUCUGCUUCGAAUAUUGUACAAAAGAGAGAACGUAAGAGAGAAGAGCGUGGAAAAUUCGUUAUGGAAAGCACACAUUUAAAUAUAGAUUGCUGACAAUGAUGUGAAUGAUUGAGAGAGAGAGAGAGAAAAAGUGCAACUUAUAGAGAUUCUUUCAAUUCGCAAUACCUUUUUGUUUUUAUCUUAUAUAUAUUUUUUUUGUUAGUGGUAAGAAUAUAAUGAAUAUUUGUUAACCUAAUACUAAUUGAAAGAGAAGUAAUCUUAAUUUUCAAUAUACCAAUAAAAUCGUGUAUUUGUUAUAUCAUUCAAAUUUUAUUAUGUCUAUAAAUAGGAAUGGUAAAAAUUUAAGCUAUAAAAGAAAAAAAAACAUGCAAAGAUUCAAAAGAAAGAUGAACACGUGUGAGUAAACAUUUAUCAAAUAAAUUUACCAAUUAGUUUUAGAGAUGGAAUCGCUCCGAGAUUUAGUUUAGUGUGAAGCUGAAGAUGAAAGUACGAAAAAAACAACAAAAAAUUGUGCAUCUCAAAUAUACAAUUUCAAAGAAGAAGAGAAAAAAGAGGAAGAUAUUUUGUAAACAUUAUCGUAGGACGACUCGCUGUACAUUCCCACAUUUAGAGGAGAAAAAAAGUGAAAGAAAAUGCAGCAAAUGCAAUUCGAUUCGUGACAACAAGAGAGAAAAGAGAGCAAAAAACAUUGAGUACAGCAUGAAGACGGACCGAGAAUAAAAUGAUAGGUCAUAAAACAUAGGACAAAUCUGUAGUGAAAAAUUAGUUGAUUUCAGAAUGUACAAUUAUGAAUUAUUAUACAAAAAGAGAGGAGGAAGAAUUAAAGAAGGAACACAGACCAACAAAAUGUAAAUAAGAGCAAAAAGUAAUAAAUUAACAGUGAAAUUUAAA